AUGGAUCCAAUGAAGCAUCCUCUUUUCAAACGAAUACAUCAUUCCGCCUAUGUGACUUUGGCGUUGGAAAGUGUGGCUAUGCUCAGUACUGAUCCCCGCCUGUUCUUUGGCCAAGGCGCAUAUAUUACGCUGUCGACGACCGAGAUGCGGGAUAACGGCGACAAGCUCGACCGCCACGGACUGGAGAAUCAGUACCAUGACGUGCAACCAGUUCCUCAGGACGGUGUGCGAUCGCCACCGAGCCCCAGCAGUCGGACCACGGGCGACGACGAGUCGGUGCCGGUGGAGGCGGCCGAGCCGGAGGACAUCGACGAUUUUUCAGACGACAAUGCCCAGCACGAGCCGAAGGCGAAAGGGGACUGA